AUGCCCGACGCGUCUCACGCCUCCAACUCGUGCUGGACUUGCCGCCAAAAGCGGGCCAAGUGUGACAGGCUUCUCCCGACUUGUCUCCGCUGCUCCUCGCUGAAGCUCCGGUGCCAGGGUUAUGAUCGGCCGAAGAAGCUGGUUUGGACCAAUAGUGUGGCUAGCAGAGGUAAAAUGAUGGGGAGAAUCACGUUCGGUGCGGACGACGCAACAGAUAAGCUUGCAUCAGUGGGUCUUGCUGGACCAGAGUCCAUAGUGGUGAAUCGCUCCGCGGAGGCAUUGUCUGAAGCAUGCCUCUCCUCGGCUCAACUAUCAUUGUCACUCAUAGACCCCGAUCUGCAGGACCUGUCUCACAAUUGCAGGAACUACAUACGCUACUUUGAUCUGGAAAUGUCCAAGGAAUGCGUGGUCUACUACCAAACAUCCAGCAAUCCAUUUUUGGCUCUGAUGCCACUCAUGUCUAAAAGCCAAGCUCUCUUCCAUGCAAUGGUUGCAAUAUCGGCAUUCCACUACUCUCACCGUUUGGUUAUCAAUCAAGUACAGGUCCCCCCCGGCGACCCUGGACUUGUCCAAUCUACUUCGCUGUGGCAUGCAUCGCAUGGUCACGACUGGCAGUUGACCCAACCAAACUUCUCCCCUUCCCUGCGAACGGCUUUAGCGCAUAAGCAAAAAGCCUUGCAGCACCUGAAGUCUGAGAUAGACAGCCAAGACGUGACAGACAACGAUGCGGUGGUCGCAGCGAUCGUCCUCUUCGUCUGCAUGGACGUAGUGGAAUUUGGUAGCCGAGGAUGGGAGCACCAUCUGGGAGGUGCUGGAGAGAUUCUUAAGAACCGUAGAGGUUGCCUCGAGAAUAGGGGAUGCAAGUCUUCUGCCUGGUUGGAGUAUUUCGACACAGCCUACACGACGUUUGGAAUUCUGGGCGCAACGUUAGCACCGGCAAACGGUUCCUUUUCCCGGCAGCUCGCCUCGCUAGACCCUUCCCUUAUGAAAGCCUUGCGACAAUCCGAAAACCAAACAUGGGUUGGCUGCCCAGCAGAGCUGCUGUACUUGAUAUCGACUGUCAAUUCGUUGCGUUCAGAUACUUUGACAAUCUUCGAACGGCAGACCGUUCUCAAAGAGUUACAGAACGGCUUGAGGAGCUUCUCGCCCACAGCAUGGGCUAUGUGCUUCUCAGACUCACACUACCACGAGCCACGCUCCCAUCUCGCACAUGCUUACAGGUCGGCAGUUGAAGUAUAUGCCUUUCAUAUCAUCGGGACAAUCCCUGGUGAGAAUAUCACGCCAAGGCUUUACCUUGAUGAGGUAGUCCGAUCCGCCAUAAUCCACAUGCUCUCGAUACCAGCCGAGGAUUUCCAUGUCAAAAGCCUGGUAUGGCCGGCGUUUAUUAUCGGAGCAGAGGCACAGCCUACGGAACUCAAGAAUAUGGUCCGAGCGAUUUUCAGGAAUAUCUGGGUUUCCUCCUGCUGUUAUAACGUCAGAAACGCAAUCGAAAUUCUGGAGAAGAUUUGGGCGCGAGAUGUCCGCGACGGCACGCCGAUGAAGUCAUGGUUAGAGUACGUCUGGGAGUUGGAAGACAGUUGGCUCUUUCUCUAG